AUGACCACGUCGCGUACCGCUUCGAACCGAACGGUACUGUUCAACAUCGACGAGGACAAUGUGCCGGCCAUGAAUGCCACGACACGGACGGGGUCUUCUAGGAGGACCCACUCGUCCAAUUCCAGGUCCCGCGUUGCAAGCACUCGAUCCAGGACGCACUCGCGACGCAGGAAUGGAGAAAAUAGCAGGAACGAAGCAGUUGCAACGGCGGACUUUCGAGGCACAAACCCGGUCUUGGAUGGAGAAAACGUGCAGGACGUCACCCCGACGGAGCGAGUUCCGACGCUGGAUGGACGUGGACACGUUAACUUCACCGAUUCGAGGUACAGGAAGGCGGUGGACACUGCCAAGCGCAGCGUUCGCGCUCGAGGAGCUCUGCCGAUAGGCUCCGCGAGGUCGAAUGACCCGUACAACCCGAUUUCGCCUACGCGUAUGAACCGACAACAGGAUUGUCGUGAGCAAUUUCAACCGCAAGAAGCUGUACAGCCUCAAGCACGGGACCGUUCAAGGUCGCGGAAGCAGAGCAUUUACGGAAGUUGGUCCUGCUGUGGCCAUUCGUACCCCAAUGCGUUUUUACGACUGUGUACCGUGGUGGUGGUUGUGCCGUUGGUUGUGUGUGGCUUGAUCUUCUGGCCGGUGUUAGCAGCGGCAAUGCUUACGACGAUAUUGCUGUGCGUCUGCUGCUACGAGCACGCGUGGCUGUCGUUCCGCAUCCACACUCAACUGCUAGCCACCUAUCAGUGGUAUGAAGGAAACGAAGGACCUGUCGACGCUGGAGACGCCAUCGGAGCUAGCACACGCAGCAAUGCGUCUGUUGUAUGCGGCUACCAAGAGGACGGAAGGCGAUUCCAGAACUCGUUCGUGGCCGCGGGCUUCACGCAGUCGACGAUGUCGCUGCCGAUGACGAACUCGACUGUACUUUGUUCGGAAGAUGGUAACAUGACCUUCUUGGGGACAAACAAGGACAGUUUCUCAUACCCGGUGGCUGAGGAGACUGCGCGUCCGAAAGAGCGCUCUACAGUGCAUUUGUUGGAGUUAGAAACCUCACGUGGAGUGCUGCUCGGGAUGGCGAAUAUGCUGUUCUGCGGGAACUUAUGGCUGACUCGCAUUGUCGUGGCUGCGCUGCUUACGGUUUGCUGGUCUGUUACAGCGACGAUGGUGUCUCCGAUGAUCCCGUUCCCGGUGGCUAGUACGCCCCGAGAUAUCGCGGCGGCGCCGUACUACUUCUACGUCGUGAACUUCGUGGCAUCGCUCUGCGCCGUGUGCUGCCCUACCUGGCCUCGUUCCUUCUCGUUGGUGGUGCAAAAGACUGCAUUUGAGGUGCUGCUACUGAACGCGUUCAACUGUCCGCUAGCGGCUAAAUUCGAGUGCACUGCAGCGCCGAUAACAUCCCUGCAGACUUUCGUACUGGGUGCAAUGGCGGUCGUGUUUGUUCACUCGUUCUCCGCUCGUGGGCCCGCUAACCUCGUCGUGGCGCUGACCCUCGACUUACUGGGAUACGUCUACAUUGCUGGAGCGCUGGGACUGCUCAUCUCGAUGGUGGAUCCGACCGACGGCAAUGCGACGUGGGCUGCGAUCUGGCUCGGAAUGCUGAGUGCCAUGUGGGUGGCGCAGUUCGCCGGCUACGUGUGCGAAGCCAUCAUGUUCCGGUUCCAGCUCCCUCACAUGAAGUUGCUGCCUCCGCGCAUUGUCGUGACUUUGGAUGUGGAGGCUUCACUCUGUGCCAUCGCGGCUGGCAGCGUUGUGCUGGUGUUUGGUGGCGCUGUUCUUGAUGUCCCCGGUGGCGUGUUGCCUAAAGUACUCUUCACUACUGCCAGCGUGCUCAUGGCGCGAUUUGGACGGAUAGUUCUGUCACUACUAAAGAAGGCAUCGGGCGUUCGGUGGAGUGGAAGGUUGAUGCCAGGCUUUGGUGGAGUGUUGGACGGAUCCCACGCGCUGCUCUUCACGUCUAUUGUCUUCAUCAAGUACUAUCUCUAUGUCAGGGCGCGCGAGACCGUUGAAAUGGAUGACAGCAGUGGCAGCGGCGACUCGGAUCUGUGGGCUACCGUCACGUUCAGCACGGAUGUUAGGAGCUGA